AUGAUUGAGACGAUCUACAUCGCUAGACAUGGAUUCAGAUUGAACUGGAUCGACACGAACUGGACGAGUCCUACGGGUCUUCCGAGAGAUCCUCCCUUGGCCGCUUUUGGGGAGGUUCAAGCGCAGGAGCUGGGAUCAUACUUCCUAGCCCUUCCUGAAGAGAAGCGCCCCACCCUCAUAUUAUCUUCCCCUUACUAUCGGUGUCUGCAAACUUCCAAGCCGACAUCCCAAGUUCUUGAAGUGCCUAUCUAUGUCGAACAUGGAUUGUCUGAAUGGUACUCCCCUGUCGCUCCUGGCACUGGCUUGCAUCCUAGACCGUCGUCCGCUGCAGUCCUGAAAACCUAUUUCUCAGAGAUUGACCCCUCGUGGUCGUCGAUCUGGUAUCCUUCACGAAGAGGCGAGGACGUCGAAGCUUUGCAUGAGCGCGCCAACGGCUUAUUAGAUCUGCUCAUUAUGGAGAUAGAAAGGCGUUUCAGUGGCAAGCACAAAAACAUUCUACUAGUCAGUCAUGCUGCGACUGUCAUCGUGCUAUGCCGAGGCUUGCUAGCGCAGCCAGACCUUCCUUUGAGGGUUGGCUGCUGCUCAAUCUCCGAGUUUUCUCGUAAAUCUAGUGCAUCGGGUGAAUUGGGAGCUUGGGAGGUCAAGGCUUUGGCCUCAGGCAGCCACCUAAAGGAAGGUGCAUCCAGGGACUGGGGCCUGGAGGAUAUUCAGAUUGCGGGUGGCAAGGUCGUGUCAGACAAAGGUGUUCCCGGGACGGAAGAAGAAGAAGAUAAUUGUGGACCGCAGAUACAUCGCAGCAGUCUGUGA